AUAAAGUAAUCUUAAAAAAUGUAUAGAUAUAUCAUAAUAAUAGCUAUAUUUACCUUAUCUAUUGGUGCCGUACUGGCCCAGCGUAAGCCUGAUAUUAAUAAAGCCGAAACAUUGUAUGCUUCAUCCCUGUUCCGUAUGAACCAAGUGCUCGAAGGUAUUCCCUAUUUGCAUGUCGUUGAAAAUGUGUCGUCGGUAUCGACAUGUCUACUGAAUUGUAUGAAACGCAAACCCGAUUGUAAAUCAUUUAAUUGGGGUAACGGCACCUGUAUGUUGAUGUCAGACUCGAUUUGCUUCAACGAAACCCUAUUGUUGACCCGUAAAGAGGGUUAUGCCUAUUAUGAUAUCAUGGAUGCACCCGAUUCGGAGAAAAAACAUUUAAAGGAUGGAUACUGUCGUCUAUUUGGAAAAUGUUCCGCAAAAUGCUAUCCUCGCUCACCUCACUUAUCGGACACACCUAUGAUAAAAAGUGAGGCCAAAAAGUACUGCGAAUCGCUGGGCCGGACACUACCGAUGCCGACAAAUCUGGACGAACAGAGAUUUUUUGAGGCCUUUGCCCGAAAACGUCUGGCGGAACAGCCAGACUUGAGAACCGGUAAAGACACUAAAUUCUGGAUGGGUAUAAGCGAUGAGCUUAUGGAGGAAAGUUGGAUGUAUGACGACGAGAACCCAGUUUCCGAUAAGUUCUCGGCCUGGGCUACGGGUCAGCCCGAUAACGGUGGAGCCUAUGCUAACAGUGGCGAAAAUUGUGGCGCUAUUUCAGAGAAGGCAGAGUUCAAGUGGGCGGACGUUAACUGCAAUUUGAAAAUUAGAUUUUUUUGCGCUUAAAAAUCUGCAUUUUUUAAUUAAUAUAUUAUUAAUAUUA